AUGCCGCCAGCCGGUAGAGGAGGGCGCGGCGGUGCGCGUGGAGCCUUCAACCCGCGGUUAGGCACAGUAACAAUUGGCGGAACUGAGCUGAAUUGGGAUCUCUCAGGCCUUGAGAUUCAGAAGGGCCCUGCUGAGCGCUUUCCAGAAGCUCCUCCUCCACAAGCGCCCCCACCGACCGCCGACGAAGCCAGAAUAGUACAACACUUCUUGCAAGUACGCGACCGUAUACACGAAGGGCCGUUUUACACUAUCCUGAAUGAUGGCAUGAAGAACGGCCUCAAGAGGAAGGCCAGCGAGCCUGCGCCCACCGAAGCUUCGCUUUUCAACCCAUUCACCGACAAUCAGACAUAUUCAGCAAAGUACCUGAAGGUUCGGAGAAGACUGCCGAAGCUAGACGAGCGACCAUACGUCACAGAAUUAUUUCCUGCAGAACUACGACCCACACUUGAUGGUACAAGAGGAGACGGCAACCUGUCAAAAAAGCGCAGGACCCUUGGCGUUACCAAAGUCAACGCUGUUUCCCAGAUCGAGCGCAUGAUCAAGUUUGAGGAAGGUCGAACCAACGAAGCAGAGGCGCGCGCUGAGGACGAGGAGGACGAAGACGAAGACGAGGAAGCAGAGCAAGACGACGACAAGCCAGAAGCCAUCGAUGAGGAUGAUAACUAUUCUGCUGCAUCGAGUGACUCGGAAGAGUCGGACGACGACUACAACGCCGAGCAAUAUUUCGACAACGGAGAGGAUGAUGACAUUGACGACGCUGAUCCGUAUGAGAACACAUACGAAUGAGCGUUGGGCUUAGCAAUUAUCGAGCAUUUGGUUUGGGCGUUCUGUGAGUGGCAUUGCUGGCGUUGGUUGAGUGGAUACCCUUUCUCAUAUCUUGUUUGGUUCAACUCAGGG